AUGUCCGUGACACGCCUGGGCGGAACGCUGGCGACAUUUGCGUCAGGCGGGCUGGCAUUGUCUCUGUGUGUCUCUGCUCGUCCCACGCGGCGGCAUCCAGGGCAGCGGCGGGCAGGGCGGAGCGAAAGUGAAAGCAAGCCGCGCGGCGGGGCGUGGGCGGCGGCGGCGGCGCUUCCCGCGCGCCUCCGCAGGACUCGGCACGUGAUGAGGCUCGCGACAGCAUGGCGGCUGGCGGCGCUGCUGCUGGCCACGACAGCGGCGGCCACAGCGGCGGCGGCGGACUCUGAGGACUGGUCGUGGGGCGGCGGCCGCGACGCCAGGACGCAGCAGCUGGCGCCCUCCGCCCCCACGGCGGCCGCCUCCGCCCCCGGCGCUGGCGUCCCGCCCUCGGCCGCUGACGCAGGCGUGCUGCAGCAGGUGGUGGACUCGAUCCUGCAGUCCGGCCGACAGGGCCGCAACCUGGACGGCUACGACGACGUGUACAGCGACCCCAACGUGCAGCACGCGCUCACCGCCGGCAACGACACGCAGGCGCGCCACUACAUCCGCGAGCGCCUCUGCAACCUGGGACUCAUGGCGUGCGACGACGUGGUGCCGAAGCGGCCGUACGUGGAGCCGCACGAGCUGAUCUACGCGCAGCCCGUGGCCAUCAAGCCGGUGGGGCAGCCGAUCCCGGCAGUGCCGGUGCGUGGGCCCCCCAAGAGGCUGCCGCCCCCGCACCACAUCCCCCACAUCCCCCACAUCCCCCACAGACCCCCGCGCCCCUACCCGCCCGUGCCCGGACCCAUCUACGGAGCGCCUAAGCCGCUGCCACCGCCCGUCUACGAGCACGGCUUCGACGGCCCGGUGGCAUCGCUGCCGCCCCUGAGGCCGCCCACCAAGGGCCCCAUCGACGUGGUCGUGAACUCGCACAGCGGCGUGCAGCAGCACGUGCACCACCACUACCACCACGGCGAGGCGGGAGCCGCGAUCGUGAAGCCGGUGCCGCUGCUCGACCACCAGCCGGCCACCGGGCCCGCCUCCUUCUACGAACCGGGCCACACCUACGGAACGAGCGCGCCGGGCGGCGGCUUCACCGGCAGCUUCGCCGGGGGCAGCGGGGGCAGCUUCACCGGCAGCUACGGCGGCAGCAGCAGCGGCAGCUUCAGCGGCGGCUACGGCGGAGUCGGCGUCGGCCCCUUCUACAAGAAAGAGCUCUCCCUCAAGGCACCUCUCAGCGGUAACGGCCUGGGUUCGUCGUACGCGGGCAGCGGCGGCGGCAGCAGCGCCGCCUACGAGACGCCUCGCGCCGAUGGCGGCUACUACACGCAGGACUGCGUGUGCGUGCCGCUGGAGCAGUGCCACGAUUUCGGCCGCAAGGAAGACGGCCUGCUGAUCGACCCGCGCAACCUGCCCUCCACGAUCGAGGCCAUCGACGACGGCGCCGUCUACGUCACUGACGCCAACGGCACUGUGGUGUCCGUGACGCGGCACGCCAAGAGGGACGGAGAGGCCUCCAACGCGACUGCCGCAGACGACCAGGAGACGGCAACGAGUAGCAGGCGGCGCCGGGACGCCGAAGAGAACAGCAACGUCCAGCCGCGUGAGGUGACGGAAGACCCGGAUGUGGCCAGCACAUCUGAGUCCGAUGCCAGUGGCGGUUCUGUAGACGCACGCCUGCUAGGCGAAGACAGCAACGUCAAGGUGAACCCCACGUUCGGAGUGUCGUUCGGUCUGCCUCAGGGAGGAGGGGGAGGUUAUCCCUUGAACCCGUUCGGUCCCAACCCUGCCAUCAACCCUUACGGCGGCUCCGUCGGUGGUCCCGGAGGCAUCAACCUCGGGCUCGUCAGUGUGAACCCGCUAGUGUCCGUGCAGGUGACCAAAGACGAGUACGGAGGCAAGGUGGUGAAGCCUCUCGUCAACCUGCACGUCACCCCCAACCCGGGCCUCGUCCACAAGCUGGGCAGCCUUCUGCACGGCGGCUUCCACAAGCCCGGCUACGGCCUCUUCCACAAGCCGGGAUUCCCCUCCUACGUUAAGCACGAUCACGAUCACCACCAUCAUCACGUGCACGUUUCCAAGCCCGCACCGGUCUAUCACAAACCACAUUACUACUACCCGCCCAAGCCCUACUACCCGUACAAACCAGCGCAUUACUCGAAUGGCUACUAUCAGUCUGGGCCCAGCUAUUACGGCCAAAAUUACUACGACGCCUACCGCACGAACGACGACGAUGUGGAGGAAGGCAGUGACGAAAGCGCCCCUUACUACUCUGACGGCUACGCCCCGUCUGGAGGCUACAUUGACGACGAGGAGGACGCCUACUACGGGCGCAGCGGCCGUUCCAACAUAUCCGCCCUGCCCCAGUCCCACCCCCACAACCCGGCCCCUCCCGCUGGCUCCUCCCCCGAGGCAGGGCAGACCCGGGGCAGCGGUGUGGCCUUUCCCAGUGACAGACGCAGCUUCACCGAAGCCGACGACUACGACGACAAGCGCACCAAGCGACACUCUGAGCCUCCAGCCCCGCAGGUGGUACACCGCCAGAAGAGACAGGCGUUUGGCGGCCGGUGCGGCCCGCGGCUGGUGUGCUGCCGCAGGCCGUCGCAGCCUGCCCACCGCCCCUCGCAGGCCGGCCAGUGCGGACGCAGGAACGCGCACGGCAUCAACGGACGCAUCAAGACUCCCGUCUACGUCGACGGCGAGAGCGAGUUCGGCGAGUACCCAUGGCAGGUGGCCAUCUUGAAGAAAGAUUCCCAGGAGAGCGUCUACGUGUGUGGUGGCACUGUCAUCGAUGAGCUACACAUCCUCACUGCCGCCCACUGCGUCAAAUCGUACUCGCCGUACGACCUGCGCGUGCGCGCGGGCGAGUGGGACGUGAACCACGACGUGGAGUUCUACCCGCACGUGGAGCGCGACGUGGCGCAGGUGCAGGUGCACCCCGAGUUCUACGCGGGCACGCUCUACAACGACCUGGCCGUGCUGCGACUCGCCUCGCCGAUCGACUUGGCGCGCUCGCCGCACAUCUCCCCCGCCUGCCUGCCGCCGCCAGGCGCCGACUUCUCGGGCCAGCGCUGCUGGGCCACCGGCUGGGGCAAGGACGCCUUCGGCGACUACGGAAAAUACCAGAACAUACUCAAGGAGGUGGAGGUGCCCAUCCUGCCGUUCCACCAGUGCCAGUCACUGCUCCAGCAGACCAGGCUCGGCUUCGACUUCCGCCUUCAUAACGGAUUCCUCUGUGCCGGAGGAGAAGAGGGCAAAGACGCCUGCAAGGGCGACGGCGGCGGGCCGCUGGUGUGCGAGCGCGGCGGCGUGUGGCACGUGGCCGGCGUCGUCAGCUGGGGCGUCGGCUGCGGCCAGCGCGGAGUCCCCGGCGUCUACGUGAACGUGGCGCGCUACAACGACUGGAUACGCCGCGCCACCGGGAAGUACUGAGGCCGCUGCCCGCCCACCCACUCACACACCGUGUAAUCGUCUGCUCACGCAUCGUUAAUUUAUUUGUUGCUUCAACAUCAACUAUUGUUUCUGGAUUCAAGGCCGUGCCAUUGGCUACAAAUAGACAAUCUCAAUGCCCCGGUCUGGAAUUCGGGAGCACCAAGUACUGCAUGUUACAUGCACUCUCUAUUGUUUGUCAGUAAUUUUAAGGACUAGUGUGUACUCAAUGUUUAAAGUAAA